AUGGCAACAGUCCAGAUCCUCGACGGUGGGCUUGGCACUUCCCUGGAGGAUAAAUACGGCGUGAAGUUUAAUCACGCACAACCACUGUGGUCGUCACAUUUCGUUAUCGAAAAUCAGGACACACUCCUUGCCUGCCAAACAGAUUUUGUAGAAGCAGGCGCCGACGUGCUUCUCUCUGCAACCUACCAAGUGUCCGUUGAGGGCUUUGCGAGGACCAAGACGGCUGAAUUCCCGAACGGUAUUCCGAAGGACGCCAUCCCAUCUUUCCUGGCCAAGGCCAUUGAUAUUGCAGAGAAAGCGAGCAGCCAUGGAUCGGCCAAGCUCGCCUUAAGCCUUGGGCCAUACGGCGCAAGCAUGAUCCCCGGACAGGAAUACAGCGGAAAAUACGAUGCAGAGCACGACACGGAGGAGAAUCUGUAUCAAUGGCACCUUGAACGACUGCAUCUUUUCACGGCAGUGGACAGACUCCAGGAAAGGGUGCAGUACGUGGCGUUCGAGACGCUUCCAAGACUGGAUGAGAUACGGGCUGUGAGAAGAGCAGCUCACGCGGCUGGGAUUACCACGAACCAGCCCGGUCCUCGUCUUUGGAUCUCAUGCGUCUUCCCGGGUGAAGGCGACAAUCUUCCUGAUGGCAGCACGAUUGAUCAAGUGGUUGAGGCUAUGCUAGACCAUCUUGAUGAUGGCUCCAGACUGUGGGGUAUUGGAAUCAACUGUACCAAGAUGCACAAGCUCCCGGGUUUGAUUCGGAAAUUCGAGGACGCUGUCAGGAAGAUACAGAAGGCGGGUAGGCUGGAUGCAUCCCCGAGCCUUGUAUUAUACCCUGAUGGGACGAAUGGGGAAAUCUACAACACCACGACCAAACAAUGGGAAAGACCGGAUGUUUCGUCUGAGGAGACCCAGCAGAAAGUAAGUACAUACAGGUGUUUCCUAGCCCAAUAA